AUGUUCGCGGAGCUGAACGAGCUGCUCGGGGCCUCUCCGGAGCGCCCGGACGCGGGUAAAUUCACACUGCUGCGAGACACCCGGACAGAUGGCAGCUUCCUGGUGCACCACUUCCUCUCCUUCUACCUCAGAGCUGGCUGCAAGGUUUGCUUUGUCGCCCUGCUCCAGUCCUUCAGCCACUACAGCAUCGUGGCACAGAAGCUGGGAGUCAAUCUGGCAGCUGCCAAGGAGCAGGGACAGCUUGUCUUCCUGGAGGGCCUCAAGUCCUGCCUUGACCUCCUGUUUGGGGAGGAGGAGCAGCCAGGACAGCCCAGUCCUCUGCAAUUCCUGAGCAGGAGCCCCCGUGAGCUCCGAGCCUUGUUUGACUUUGUGCGGGUGUCGCUGACUCCCUGUGCCCGUGAUUCCUGGAAAGGCCCCGUGCUGCUGGUGGAUGACCUCAGUGUCCUGCUGAGCCUGGGGGCUGCACCGGUGUCUGUGCUGGACUUCAUCCACUACUGCCGUGCGUCCGUGUGCUGCCAGCUGCAGGGGAACGUCGUGGUGCUGGUUCACAGCAACGAGGAUUCGGAAGAUGAGGAGAACGAACUGGUUGUGAACUCCCUGUGUCAUCACAGCGACCUCAUCCUGUGGGCAGAGGGGCUGGCCACCGGCUUCUGCAAGGAUGUUCACGGGCAGAUUAAGAUAAUCAAGAGAUUGUCCUUGCGGCAGGCGGCGGAGCAGGAUCUGGUCCAGAUCUACCAGUACAAGAUCCAGGACAGGAACGUCACCUUUUUUGCACGGGGGCUGUCGGCUGCAGUCCUGUGACACUGCCUGGGAAUGUCAGUCCUGUGACACUGUGACACUGCCCGGGAAUGUCAGUCCCUGCCUCAGCAAAAGCACCACCAGCACCUCUGAGGAGCAGGAGCAGCACAGCAAACUGGCCUGGAGGGAAGCUCAGACACUCCUGGAAGUGGUGCCAACGUGGGAUCAGCCUGCCUGGAGCCUGCUGCAUCCCUUUGUCCUCCCACCCUGUUCCCAACACGCUCAGGCCAAGAAAGGGAGCAAGAACUUGCAGGAAUGGCCCUUGGAGCAUGUAAAUACAGGCAGGGGGUGCCCUGCGGGCUGGGUGUGCCUUGCCUCACCUUUUCCGGUGUGUUGGGCACAGCACGGCAGUGCCAGGCACUGCACGGAGGGAGCGCCCCCUCCCUCCCUGCCGCUGGCACGGGAGCAGAUGACACAGCGGGUGGAGCCGGGAUGGUCUGGGAGCCUGGUGCAAUCCUCUCCUUGCUCCCAGCUCUGGCUGGCAGAGAUGUGCCCAGCUCCCGUGCAGUUGGCAAAUCCACAGCUCUGUGUGUCGUCCCUCACGACCUGGCUGCUGCCGUGCUUCGUCACCUGCAGCUUCCCAAACUCAUGCUGGGUUUGUGGUUGGAGAAACCCCACUGUGAGCCUGUCUCAGCCCCUGCGUCC